AUGCGUUUCAUCGACAUAUUUGACUCUCCAUUAUUUCAAAAUAUCAUCAUCACGCAGAAUGUAUGGGAGUAUGUGAAGCAGAAAUCUAUCAAAACCUAUAAAAAAUUGAAUAAAUUCGUAUAUGAAGACAAAGAUCCACGGUUCUCGGUAUUCAUGAGCGAGUUUCAUCACAAGACAUUUGUGCGACCUGAGCCAGGCCUGAGUGAUAGUCUACGUCGUGAAAAAGUCCUCUAUGUUUGUGCCGAUUACCUAAACAAACAUUGGGCGAAACGAGGCAUAACACCUAUCAUUUUAUGCGCAGAAGACGAUGUACAGGCAAGGUUGAAAAAUAGCUACGAAUACUCGUUCACAAUUAAGGAUUAUGUCCAAGGUUGGCCAUUGUUUCUAGUGUCUCGUGAAAAUUAUCGUGAGGCGACAGUUUUGGUGGAUUCCAAUACGAUGACGUCCUGGUUCAUCACUGGGCUGAACUGCAACAGAGCCAUUGAUGGCGAUAUUGUUGCUGUUCAGUUGCUACCUGAAGAGGAGUGGACACUGCCAGAAAGGAAAGUUCGUUUACGUGAUGUCGAAGAUCUAGAAAUGAAAGCAGAUGAUGAACCUGAAGCAGAUGAUUCAGAAGAAACGCCGAAACCUAAGCGUGUAAAGCUGGCAGCUGUUCCGACGGCUAAGGCGGAUAUUCUCGAAAACCAGCGUAUUGUGGUGAGCAUCGAUCAGUGGCCGCGUGAUAGCAGGUAUCCAUUAGGACACUAUGUUCGGGCUCUUGGAAAGAUUGGAGAUCGCGAGAUUGAGAACGAAGUGCUUCUUCUUGAGCAUGAUAUCCCUCAUGCUCCAUUUUCUGACGGUGUGUUAGAAUGUUUGCCGAGCGAAGAUUGGCAACCAGAUUUGCAGCCACCUCGGGUUGAUCUGCGUCAUUUAACAAUAUGUUCGGUUGACCCACUUGGCUGCACUGACAUUGACGACGCACUCCAUUGUCGCCCACUUGACAAUGGUUUGUUAGAGGUGGGCGUCCACAUAGCAGACGUGACACAUUUUGUUAGGGCUGGUACUGCCAUUGAUGAUGAAGCAGCAAGCCGAGCAACAACUGUCUAUCUCUGUGAUCGGCGAAUUGAUAUGCUUCCUGAGCGUCUGAGCAGUAAUUUAUGUUCUCUGAGAGGUGGAGAAGAAAGAUAUGCGUUCUCCGUUAUUUGGACAAUGGCCAUCCGUGCAAGCAGAAGUCUUGGACACCAAGUACCACAAGUCCCUGAUAUGCUCCAGGGCAGCACUCACUUAUGA